AUGAAUAUUUUCUCCAACACUAUUAGAGGAAUUGGGUGUGAAGUAAAAAGGAGCUGGCUAAGAAAUUGUCGUGUUCAAAAUCAAGCUUUUUUUGUUGGAUUACAAGAAACAAAAUCCCUGGAGGUUAAAAAUAAGUUAGACAAGCAAAUAUGGGGCUCUUCCAAUUUUCAAUGCGAUGUUAUCGACCCGGUUGGGCUAUCCGGUGGAAUUGCUUCCCUGUGGGACCCCUCUUUAUUCCAGAUCUUAGAAUCAAUAAAAGGUGAGGGCUUUUUUGCCAUUAAGGGUCUAUGGCUCAGAUUAAGGAAAAUUUGCUGCUUCGUAAAUGUUUAUGCUCCACAGGAGCCCUGGAGGAAAAAAGCUCUAUGGAACAAAUUGGCUGAUCUCAUAAACUCGGACGCUGAAUCUUGCUGGAUUGUUUUUGGUGACUUUAACGUUGUUCGUUUCCCUGAAGAACGUUUGGGGUCUGUAUUUUGCCAGAGUAGCGCUUAUUAUUUCAAUGAAUUCAUUCACUCUCUUGGUUUACUGGAAAUCAAAAUAGGGGGCCGCAGAUUCACAUACAUGAACUCAACUGGUGAUAAACACAGCAAGCUUGACAGGUUCCUUGACCUUGGAUUUGAGGGCGUCCUAAGAAGUGGUUGGGUGGUUAGUUGCAACCCAGGACGGCAGCUGUUUCUAUCCCCCCUCUCUUUGGUUGCCGGUAAAUUGAAGAACUUGAAGGAGCAUAUUAAAUUAUGGAGGAAAGAAUCUAAUGGGACAGCUAAAAAAGAAAUGGAGGAGUUUACAAACAAAAUUAAAGAAUUCGACCUGAUGGCUGAGGAGGGUAGGGUCAAUAAUGAGAUGCUCAAAAAUCGACAGGAGGCCUACCAAAAAAUCAUGGAAAUCGAAUCUAAUCGUAUUGAAGAUUUAAAGCAAAAGUCUAGAUCUAAAUGGGCUCUUGAGGGAGACGAGAACAAUGCAUUCUUCCAUGGCCUAAUAAAUAAGCACCAUAGAUCUCAGAGGAUAAACGGAAUUAAGGAAAACGGAUUCUGGAUAAGUGACCCUGUUGAAAUCAAGGAGAGAGUAUUUAAACACUUUGCUGGGAGAUUCACUGAGCCUAUUAAAUCACGGCCUAAAUUCAUCAGCUCCAAAUUCUUGAAACUUCCCCCAUAUGCGAUUGAGUAUCUUGAGGAGCCUUUCUCGCUUGCAGAAGUUAAAUCAGCUAUCUGGGCUUGUGGCCCGGACAGGGCACCAGGUCCGGAAGGAUUUUCGUUUACUUUCCUAAAGCAACAUUAG